AUGGGGAUCUGCCUUUCAUGCUCCAGUUCUAGUCAUGUCAGCCUCUGGGUCGACAGGCUUGGGCAGGGCUCUCUUCGACUGGGUGAUAGUCGGCGGUGGUGUGCUCCGCCGUUUGUGUUGAUUGUUGUGAUGAACACGCCGGCCUGCGGCGACGGCCUCCCUGCGGACUGCGGUGGCUACCGUAAGGUCUUCGUGAGGGCCCCAAGAGCUUGGUACUCAAGGUUGAGCAUGCAGUUACAACAACUUGGGUUUACACCAUCUAAAGCAGAUACUUCAUUGUUCUUUCAUCAUAAAGACAAUAUUACUAUAUUUGUGCUUGUUUAUGUUGAUGAUAUAAUUGUUGCUGGUUCAAGUUCAGAUGCUACCACUUGUUUGCUUAAAGAUCUAAAGUUGGAAUUUGCUCUCAAAGAUAGAGGUGAAGCAGAUCAAGGAUGGUAUACUUCUUACACAGGAAAAUAUACUACUGAUAUACUCAGGAGAGUAGGACUGCAAAAUUGUAAACCUGUGAGUACAGCAAUUUCAACUUCUGAAAAACUUACAAUUGAGAGUGGAGAAGCACUUGGACCAGAGGAUGCAACUAAUUACAGAAGUGUUGUGGGUGCAUUACAAUAUCUGACUCUUACACGUCCUGAUAUUUCUUACUCUGUGAAUAAGGCAUGUCAGUAUUUACAUGCACCUAGAACAACUCACUGGACUGCAGUCAAGAGGAUUUUAAGGUAUCUUAAGUUUUCUGAAGGACUUGGACUUCAGAUUACCAAGUCUCCAUCUCUACUUGUUACUGCCUAUUCUGAUGCAGACUGGGCAGGGUGUGCUGAUGAUAGAAGAUCUACAGGUGGUUUUGCUGUGUUUCUGGGAACUAAUCUUGUAUCAUGA